GCAUCCGGAGCAGGCUCGGGGCAGGCAGUGGUCUGCGGUGACAGCCGGCGACGUAGCAGCCGGGCCGGUCGAGGAGUGGUAGCCACACAUGUGAUUUCAAAAAAUGCUUCAACUGAGGCAACUGAAGUAGAAGAGAAAAAUGUGAAGAUAACCGCAGAAAACUGCAGAAGUCAGCCCCGGGCACCACCAACACAGGACCAUGCAAGCCCACGAGUUGUUCCGCUAUUUCCGAAUGCCAGAGCUGGCUGACUUCCGACAGUACGUUCGCACCCUGCCUACCAACACGCUCAUGGGCUUCGGCGCGUUCGCAGCGCUCACCACUUUCUGGUACGCCACGAGACCCAAGGCCCUGAAGCCGCCAUGCGACCUCUCCAUGCAGUCAGUGGAGGUGGCGGGCAGUGAUGGUGCUCGGAGGUCCCCGCUGCUUAAUAGUGAUGAGCCCUUGGAGUAUUUCUACGACGAUGUCAGAACCUUAUACGAAGGUUUCCAGAGGGGCAUACAUGUGUCAAAUAACGGUCCUUGCUUAGGCUCUCGGAAACCAGACCAGCCCUACGAAUGGCUUUCAUACAAGCAGGUGGAGGACAUGUCCGAGUGCAUCGGCUCCGCGCUGCUGCAGAAGGGCGUCAAGGCUGCCUCGGAUCAGUUCGUCGGCAUCUUCGCUCAGAACAGACCCGAGUGGGUGAUCAUUGAACAGGGAUGCUAUGCUUACUCAAUGGUGAUUGUGCCUCUGUACGACACCCUCGGAACCGAAGCGAUCACUUACAUAGUUAACAAAGCUGAACUCUCUGUGGUUUUUGUUGACAAGCCAGAGAAGGUCAACAUGUUAUUGGAAGGCGUAGAAAAUAAGUUAACACCAGGCCUUAAAAUCGUAGUUGUCAUGGACUCCUACGGCAGCGAGCUGUUGGAACGAGGCAAGAAGUGUGGGGUGGAGAUCAUCAGCAUGAAGGCCAUGGAGGACCUGGGAAGAGCCAACAGAAAGAAGCCCAAGCCUCCAGCACCUGAAGACCUUGCAGUGAUCUGUUUCACGAGUGGAACUACAGGCAACCCCAAAGGAGCCUUGAUCACCCAUGGAAAUAUAGUGAGCGAUUCUUCGGCUUUUGUGAAAAUGACGGAGAACACUGUCAGCCCCUCUCCAGACGAUACACUGAUCUCUUUCUUGCCUCUCGCCCACAUGUUUGAAAGAGUUGUCGAGAAAAUGCUUGUCCUGAACGGCAGUGACACACACAUUUCGUACUUACCACUUGCACACAUGUUCGAACGGCUGAUGUUGUGUGUGAUGCUGUGUCACGGAGCUAAGAUCGGAUUUUUCCAAGGAGAUAUCAGACUGCUCAUGGAUGACCUCAAGGCGCUUCAACCCACGAUCUUCCCCGUGGUCCCGAGGCUGCUGAACCGGAUGUUUGACAGAAUUUUUGGACAGGCAAACACCACGCUGAAGCGGUGGCUGUUGGACUUCGCCUCCAAGAGGAAAGAGGCCGAGCUGCGCAGCGGCAUCAUUAGGAACAACAGCCUGUGGGAUAAGCUCAUCUUCCGCAAAAUACAGGCGAGCCUGGGAGGCAAGGUCAGGCUGAUGGUCACGGGAGCGGCGCCCGUGUCUGCCACCGUGCUGACGUUCCUGCGAGCUGCGCUCGGCUGCCAGUUCUACGAAGGCUACGGACAGACCGAGUGCACAGCCGGCUGCUCCCUGACCAUACCCGGAGACUGGACAGCAGGCCACGUCGGUUCCCCCAUGCCGUGCAAUUGGAUAAAACUGGUUGACGUGGAAGAAAUGAACUACCUGGCCGCCAAGGGCGAGGGCGAGGUGUGUGUGAAAGGGCCAAAUGUGUUCAAAGGCUACUUGAAAGACCCAGCAAAAACAGCGGAAGCUCUGGACAAAGACGGCUGGUUGCACACGGGGGACAUUGGGAAGUGGUUACCAAACGGCACCUUGAAGAUUAUCGACAGGAAAAAGCAUAUAUUUAAACUGGCACAAGGAGAAUACAUAGCACCUGAAAAGAUUGAAAAUGUCUACCAGCGAAGCGAGCCUGUUGCUCAAGUGUUUGUCCACGGAGAGAGCUUGCAGGCAUUUCUCAUUGCAAUCGUGGUCCCUGAUGUCGAGACCUUGGGUCGCUGGGCCCGAAAGAGAGGAGUGGAAGGGUCCUUCGAAGAGCUGUGCCGAAAUAAGGAUGUGCGAAAAGCUAUUCUAGAAGACAUGGUGAGAAUUGGGAAAGAGUCUGGACUAAAAGCAUUUGAACAGGUCAAAGGCAUUUUUCUCCACUCUGAAUUAUUCUCUGUCGAGAACGGCCUGCUGACCCCAACUAUGAAGGCGAAAAGGCCAGAGCUUCGGAAUUAUUUCAGGGCACAGAUAGAUGAACUUUAUUCCACCAUCAAAGUUUAACGGGAG